ACUAAACCGAAAUUGGUUCUACUACACUGAAGCUUCCACUAUAAUGGAGGAGACUCAGAGACAGUGGAAGAGUCACUCACUCAUCAAAAAUGGCGGAAAAUGCUGGAAGCGACUCGAGCGAACUCGAAAGCAUCACUUCAUCGCAGAGAUCUUACCUAAAGAACUGUCCUUUUGCCGGCCAGGAAACUUCUCCGACGAAGUCGACGGAUUCUAACAACACUGAGGUUCUUGGAAACCUGAUUUCGCCGGCGGUUCUGAAAACUCCGGUUCUAUCGUUCUCUACUCCGACUAGCCUCGAUUCCAUCAACGAAGACGUCUUUCGUACUCCUCCUGAGAACGCUUCUCUCUCCUCUCCCGCUGAUUCCGAACCUGGAGUUAGGGUUUCUGAGGUUAAAUCUCAAAAAGGUUCGAAUUUGAAAUCUCCGUAUUCUUACGCCGAGACAAUGCUUCUUUCUUCUCCACCGUCGGAAAAUUUUAGGGUUUCGGUGUCGAAUUCGAAAUCUCCGUAUUCUACGGCUGAGAAGACGCCUGUUUCUGCUUCCCCGUCGGAAAAAGUUAGGGUUUUGGGGAUGAAUUCGAAAUCUCCGUCUUCUACGCCUGAGACGGCGCCUGUUACUGCUUCACCGUCGGAAAAAGUUAGGAUUUUUGAGACGAAUUUGAAAUCUCCGUGUUCUACGACUGAGACGGCGCCUGUUUCUGCUCCACCCUCGGAAAAGGUUAGGGUUUUGGAGACGAAUUUGAAAUCGCCGUCUUCUACGGCCGCCACGAAGCCUGUUUCUGGUUCACCGUCGAAUAAAGUUAGGGUUUUGGAGACGGAUGUUCACUUUGAUUCCGUGUCUUUGUCUUCUCCGCCGUCUGUUGCUGCUGGUGAUGUACUCGGAAGCACCAUGGGUUUGAAAAAUCCAAUUUUUGACUAUGUGGCUAAUAAUGGAGCUCUCAAGUCUCCUGAGAGAGUUCUUAAUCUCGGUUCUGCGUCCACAACUAAAGGGAUCAAGGUCUCUAAACCGGACGGCUCUGAUGAAGUUAUACCUUUCAAAGAAAUUAUCGAAGCUCUUCUUCGUAACAGUGGAGAGGAUCUCAAUGAAAGAGAUGAAAAUGUCAGCUGUGUUGAGAUUCUCAAACAAUGGGGUUUGAAAUUCCCCUAAAUGAUAUUCAUUAAGGUAUGUCUCCAAGUU